AUUGAGCGUGGCUUCAAUAUGGUCGACAGCAUGUGUGACGACGUGAUGUAAAAAUAUGUUGACCACGUCGCGCGUUUGCAGUUAUAGAAACGUGUUCAAUGUUUCAAAGCGGACACAUGCCUCUUGGGCGAAGAUGAAGAAGAGAAAGGCAGCCGCUGCCGCUGGCGUCGAGGAGAGAUCCGUUUCCGAAUUAAAUCCCUGGCCGAGUUAUAUUCAAGACCGUAUUUCAUUGUGGGAUAAACUUAAGGCAGAGUACGACGAGUCGCUGUCCUCUAAACCAGUGCAGGACGUAUUGGUGACUCUUCCGGAUGGAAAAGAGAUCGUGGCUCAAGCCUGGCGCACGAGUCCGUACGAAAUCGCCAAGGACAUUAGUCAAGGCCUGGCAGAUAAUACCGUGAUUGCGAAAGUGAACGGUGUAUUAUGGGACCUCGACAGGCCUCUGGAAUCUGAUUGCAAACUGGAGCUACUCAAGUUCGAUCAUCCAGAGGCCCAGCAAGUCUUCUGGCAUUCGAGUGCUCACGUCCUGGGAGAAACCAUGGAAAGAGUAUACGGAGGUUGCUUGUGUUACGGUCCGCCGAUAGAAAAUGGAUUCUACUACGACAUGUACCUGGGCGAUAAAGGGAUCUCGAGUUUCGACUUCCCGUUCUUGGAGAGCCUUUACAAAACUAUCGUCAAAGAGAAACAACCUUUCGAAAGACUGGAAAUGACCAAGGAGGAUCUCCUGGAAAUGUUCCAAUACAACGAAUUUAAGAAGCGAAUUAUCAAUGAAAAAAUAAACACUCCCACCACGACUGUCUACAGAUGCGGCCCGCUGAUCGAUUUGUGCAAGGGACCGCACAUCAGACACACUGGGAAAGUUAAAGCUAUUAAAAUAUGGAAAAACGCGUGUACUUAUUGGGAAGGAAACGUUAACGCAGAGGCGUUGCAGAGACUUUACGGCAUCAGUUUCCCAGAUAGCAAGCAGUUAAAAGAGUGGGAGAAGUUCCAAGAGGAAGCUGCUAAACGGGAUCAUCGGAAGAUCGGAAGAGAGCAAGAGUUGUUCUUCUUCCACGAACUUUCUCCGGGCUCGUGUUUCUUCCAGCCGCGCGGAGCCCAUAUCUACAACACGCUGGUCGAAUUUAUUCGCUCCGAAUACAGGAAACGUGGUUUCCAGGAAGUAGUCACGCCUAACAUUUUCAACAGUAAAUUAUGGCAGACGUCUGGGCACUGGAUGCACUACGCGGACAACAUGUUCUCCUUCGACGUCGAGAAAGAAACAUUCGCGCUCAAGCCGAUGAACUGCCCGGGACAUUGCAUGAUCUUCGACGUUCGAUACAGAUCGUGGCGCGAGCUGCCUCUAAGAAUGGCAGACUUCGGAGUACUGCACAGGAACGAAUUGUCCGGUGCCUUAACCGGCUUGACGAGAGUCAGACGAUUCCAACAGGACGACGCGCACAUAUUCUGUUCGACCGAUCAGAUCAAGGACGAAAUGAUCGGCGCCCUUGACUUCCUGCGACACGUAUAUUCCGUAUUUGGUUACACGUUUAAUUUAUGCCUGUCCACGAGACCCGAGAAAUAUUUGGGCGAUCUGCAGAUGUGGGAUCAGGCCGAGAAAGCGUUGGCAGAAAGUUUGGACGCGUUCGGAGAACCGUGGCAGAUGAAUCCGGGGGACGGCGCGUUCUACGGUCCGAAGAUCGAUAUAACAAUUAUGGACGCGCUCAAACGGAAUCACCAAUGCGCUACCAUUCAGCUGGAUUUCCAGUUACCGAUUAGAUUCAAUUUAACUUACGUUAACGAGUCUGGGGAGAAGAAGAGGCCAGUAAUUAUUCACAGAGCUAUUCUGGGCUCUGUGGAAAGAAUGAUUGCGAUUCUAACAGAAUCGUAUGCCGGGAAGUGGCCGUUCUGGUUGUCACCGAGACAAGCGGUGGUCAUGCCGGUGAGCUAUCAGUUCGACAAUUACGCGACUCAAGUAAAAGAUAAACUAUGGAAUGCUGGAUUCAUGGUGGAGCUCGACACGGACGCCAGCGACACUCUGAACAAGAAGAUACGAAACGCACAGCUCGCGCAGUUCAACUUUAUUCUUGUGGUUGGAGAGAAAGAAGUUAACGCUGGCACGGUAAACGUGCGUACCAGGGACAACGUCGUGCACGGAGAAGUUCUCGUCGACGAUCUGAUCGAAAAGUUCAAGCUAUUCAAAGAAAGGAAGGAUAAAAACUGCGAGGAAAAGUUUUGAACGAGCGUAUCGCAUAAUUUAUUUAUUUGUAGAUUAUAAUUGCGCUGGAGAUGGUUAUAGUACACCUCGAUGGAGUAUGAGAAUAAUUUUUUUAAAUACAUCAGAUUAACAAGCACUAAAGCUGAAGCGAGAAAUCAUUCUAAAAAGAGUGGGAGGUCCUUAUGCAUUUAAUUAACUGUUCUUUAAACGUAGACAAUAGACUAUAUACCGACAAUGUAUCCCAUCUUUCAUCAAAGAAAUUUUUCAACAUGAAAUUCGACUGAAGAGAUAUGAACAAUUUCUUUUUAUUCGCAUUUCUCCGACAGUAAAAUCGAAUGUAAUUCGAUACGUUCAUCUCAACGGCUGUGCUUCGCAACUUUUUACGAACACCUCUAAUGUGUGGUAACCGCGUUUACGAGCAAAUAAAUUGUCAUAGAUCCCGUCAA